GUGUGUCUCAGUGGAUGAGUGACGCGCUGCCGGGACGCAUGCCCCGUGCGCACUGCGCGUCCUGGCCUGUCAGUAGCAGCCAGAUGGAAACGUAGGCAAGUGAAUUUGGUGAGGUCAUGUAUUUUUAAGCCGCAACAACGGAAUCAAUCAUCCUUCGCCGGCGGCACGAACAAACAAUCCGCCGCUCCGCGACAUUUUCACCGCUGAUCGGACCGCGGGGCGAUCGACAGUUUGACUUGAUAACAGAGAGGACAUUUUUGGAUGCACAGAAAGCAGUAAUUGAAGAUUUCGCCAUGAACAAAAACAAGAGAGAGAGAGAGUUCUACAGCCUAGAAGUUGGCGAUUCGACGUUCACAGUACUGAAGCGAUACCAGAAUCUCAGACCCAUCGGCUCAGGAGCACAAGGAAUCGUCUGCUCUGCUUACGACCAAAUCCUUGAAAGAAACGUUGCCAUCAAGAAGCUAAGUCGGCCGUUUCAAAACCAAACCCAUGCCAAGAGGGCUUACAGAGAGCUGGUCCUAAUGAAAUGUGUCAACCACAAAAAUAUCAUUGGCCUAUUAAAUGUAUUUACACCACAAAAAUCAUUAGAAGAAUUCCAAGACGUAUACUUGGUGAUGGAGCUGAUGGACGCCAACCUGUGCCAGGUCAUUCAGAUGGAGCUGGACCACGAGAGGCUGUCCUAUCUGCUCUAUCAGAUGUUGUGUGGUAUCAAACACCUCCACGCUGCCGGCAUCAUUCAUAGGGACCUCAAGCCCAGUAACAUAGUCGUCAAGUCAGAUUGUACAUUGAAGAUUUUGGACUUCGGCUUGGCGCGGACGGCUGCCACAGGCCUCCUGAUGACACCAUAUGUGGUUACUCGUUACUACAGAGCUCCCGAGGUUAUCCUGGGCAUGGGCUAUCAAGCCAAUGUGGACAUAUGGUCUGUGGGCUGCAUAUUGGCAGAAAUGGUUCGCCAUAAAAUCCUCUUCCCAGGAAGGGACUACAUUGACCAGUGGAACAAGGUAAUUGAGCAGCUAGGCACUCCGUCUCAGGAUUUCCUAAUGAAGCUGAAUCAGUCAGUGAGAACGUACGUGGAAAACAGGCCCCGCUAUGCUGGAUACAGCUUUGAGAAACUCUUCCCAGACGUGCUCUUCCCUGCCGACUCUGAUCACAACAAACUGAAAGCGAGCCAAGCUAGAGAUCUCUUAUCCAAGAUGUUAGUGAUUGAUGCCUCCAAGCGCAUCUCUGUGGAUGAGGCCCUGCAGCACCCCUAUAUUAAUGUUUGGUACGAUCCAGCAGAAGUGGAAGCGCCCCCUCCGAAGAUCCCAGACAAACAGCUGGAUGAGAGGGAGCAUACUGUGGAAGAGUGGAAAGGGCUAAUUUAUAAGGAGGUGAGUGAAUGGGAGGAGUGGACAAAAAAUGGGGUGAUAAGAGGCCAGCCACCUCCUUUAGGUGCAGCAGUGAUCGACAGUGCCCCUCAGCCCACGUCCUCCUCCUCUUCUUCGGCCAACGAUGUCUCGUCCAUGUCCACAGAGCCCACUGACCCGAGCAGUGACCCCACCAUGACCUCUGAAACAGACAGCAGCUUGGACAGCCAUACCUCUCUGGGUGCACUGGCCUGCUGCAGAUAACGGACACAUACAAUACACAUACACACAAACCCACACUUACAAACAAAAACGAACCUUUCCUCAUCUGUGUGUGAUAGGAAAGGGUUUAGGCCAAUGGAACUUCUAAUGUUAGUUUGUAGAACUGCGCUUUUAAUGUACAGUUUGUUUUUAUUUCCCCUCCCUCUAUACUUCUGUAAAUGAUUGUGGUUUGAAAUUGUAUCAUUAUUACUGUAUUUUUGCUGCAAAGAAUCAGAGUAUGUUUUGAUGUGAAACUGUGAAGUAUGUUAUGAAAGAGAGGGAUUUGAGUGUACUUUACACAUUGCUGUUUUUUUAGCUACUGCUACACAGUUGACUAUCAUACUGUUAGCACUGCAAUAUUAUGUUGAGUAUAUUUUUAAAUUGUUAAUUUGGCAUUUUUGUAUUUUUGGGACAUUUGAAUGAAUCUACACAAAUUCUUUCUUUAAAAGUAGACUAGAGCUCGUUUCAUCUUGGAUCCUAAUGCAAAUGGAUGAUUUUAUUUUGACAUUGUUCCUCCUCUUUCUUGUAGAAAGCAUCCCAAGUUAACUUAUUUUCUUAGUAUUAUGUCACCUCUGAUUGUGUGUAUCGCGACAAGCAGUCAAAUGGUCUGUUGCCCUGGCACUGAAUUUCUUUUUUUACUAUAGCAUACUGUAGACUGACUGUAUUUUAACUUUUUUAUUUACUUAGAUGUAAUUUGUAGGUGACGGUCUGUUGGAUGAGGAAGUACAGGGUGAAUGUAAGUGAAUAGAAAUGUGGCAUUGUAAGGAGCCAAUGAUUACUGUUAGCGCUGUAACAAGUUAAUAUAGGCCACUCCACUGGCUAGAAUGAGUGAGCUGUAUUUGGGGACUGUCACUAGGGACUAAGUCUUAUUAGUCACUUUACCCUUUUGGCAGGCUCUUUCAGACAUUAUUCACAGCUGUCUGGUAUUUAAGAUAUUUCAUUUAAGUGCCCUUACUCAGUUCAGUGAUUUUCAGUCCUCUCCGUGGCAGAUGCCCUUCUCUUCUGUGCGUCUUUCUGAGUUCUACCUCACACAUAUACACACUCAAACACACAUUUUUGAAGAUACAGUAUGUAUUUCAUGGCACACAUCAUUCGAAAGAAAUGCGAAAAAAGAUUGAAUUUUUUUCUGCAUUUGUGUUAUUUAUUUAUUUAUUUA